UGUUUCUUCAGUGCAAGGAUUUGUUCGUAGUGUGAUAGAUAUUUUCUAGAAUUAAAAUGGGUUCAUUCCAUAGCCGCCCCGGGGAUGAACUGGAAGACAUCGACUUGGGAACUCAGAAUGCUUAUCGUUACCCUCCGAAAGCAGGGAAUUAUUUCGGUUCUCAUUUUAUUAUGGGCGGAGAUAAGUUCGAUACACCUCAACCGGAAGCGUUCCUCUUCGGCGAUUGUAUGGAUCUGAAUUUCUUAGGCUCUCGACCUACGCCGUUUCCGUAUCCUGCCCCUCACCCGAAUGAACCUACGAAGACCCUGAAAGCGCUUGUAAACGUCCGAAAAGAAAGUCUACAUUUUGUCAAAAUUGAAUCGAAAGAAGAACCUCAGCCGACGCCUGUGGAUGGAGAUUCCACAGAAGCUCAAAAUGAGCCCGCGCCUGCGCCGAAAUCUACAAAAUUUAAUAUUGAGUUUGUUUUGGAUUGUGACUGUCGAUGUGCAGUAACUAUUUACUAUUGCUGCACGGAAGAAGUUACAUCCCAGGGGCUGACUUACACUCCGAGAGAUCCAACGAAAAAUUCGCAGACGAUGAAAUUCACGAAGGGAGCCAACCAAACGUUUUCAUUGCCUGAUCAUAUUUUGGAUACAACUGAAUGGAUUGAAGACGAUAUGUCUUAUUCGUAUGAGGAUGAAAUCAUGCCGGUGGUCAUUCACUGUGUUGCGGAAGAAGGAGAUGAGCCUCGUCAAUCACAAGCAACGAUUGCCGUCAUUGAGAAGUUUUCUGAUGGAACCUUCGGUUUGAAGGCUUUCAAGCAGAAACUUUUCGUUGAUGGACUGUGUUACCUACUUCAAGAAAUUUAUGGAAUUGAAAACAAGCACAACUCCACAUUUGAUGGGGCGGCAACUGCUGGGAAGCCAGGAAUCGCGGAUGUUUGCGGCAGCGACGAUGAAGAUACUGGUGCUGAAUGUGUCAUCUGCAUGUCUGAUCCAAGGGAUACGCUCAUUUUGCCGUGUCGACACUUGUGCUUAUGCAAUAGAUGUGCGGAAUCGCUUCGUUAUCAGGCGAACAAUUGUCCGAUUUGUCGGGUCCCGUUUCGCGCUCUCCUGCAGAUACGGGCCGUGCAAAAGACUGCGGAUGCUCCACGUAGUCGAGAGACGGGCGUUGCGCAAGAAAACACAAAUGGAGGCAACCUUCCUGCGUAUUUGACACGAGGCCUGGGUGGAUUUUGGGGCUACGAAACUGUUUCGUUGCUGGAAGCCUUGAAUGGUUGGCAUCGAACUACAGUAGCCGAAGUCUCGAAUCAAGCACUCGAUGCAACGCACACUUCUGCACCUGAGACAAAAGAAAGGGAAGUUGAAGUUCCAACCUCUUCUACUGCCCCUCAUCCGUCACGGCGUCAGGAAAGAUCUCGCACCAAAGACGGCAAUAGAAGGCCUAAGAAAUCUGUUUCGAGUGGUGGGGCUGAUUCUUCGCACUCGAACUGUAGGAAUAAAGUACGGACAACCGGAUCCCAUGCUGGUUCAUCGAAAAGUGCCAAAAAUUCUGGCGCAGCAUCUGCCGUGGUCGAUUCUGAAGAAGAGGAAGAUGAAUCAAAAUGGAUGUUGACAAUGUCGGAAAUCCGAGCGAUUGUUGAAGAUAUGCGUCGAGAAGAGUAUCUAGUGGUAGAGAAUGGAGUCAAAAAGAAGUUGGUGGAUUCCUUGAAAGAUUCCAGCAAGCUGGAAUCAAGACCCCCGCUGGCAGUAGCCGAAGCUGUGACCGAUGACGAAACCGAAAAAUGCCCAGUUGUGGUUCCACCCAAGCAAAUCCAGUUCAUCGACGGACCCGCGGAUGCUGAUGCCACAAAUAUUGAUGAAAAUGCAUCGUGUUUGCCAUCGGGAAACACUGCUUCAUCAUCUCCUCCGAACAGUGCGGAAAGCAUUGAAAGUGGCAAAAGUAGCUCUGGUUCCGGUGACUCCUCAAAAAGCCUGGUACCGAAAAGGAAAAAGCCUACUUUGCUUCCGCCACCACGGUCGAACGCAACUCAGGCUAGUGUAGAGGUUCUCGAAGAUGGGAAAUAUCAAAUCCGAACCCCUGUAGAUGCCGAAAUGCAAGCCAGUGAAGUUGACUUUAUUUUAACGCAAAAAUUAUCUCCUCUCGUGAACGAUGCUUCAACUUUCGCUCAUCCAGAACGAAUCGGAGAUGAGACGGAAUUGAAAAUGCGAGAGUGUGUGGUGCUGAAAAUGGAGGAUUUCAUCAGCAAAGAUGGAGUAGUGCAGUGCUUGAUGGAAUUCGAAGACAUUUUUGAACAGCAUUCUGUGAAUGAGCAAAAUGCCUCCAGGCGUAUCGCGGUUUUGGUCGACGUACUUGCUUCAAUUCAUGUUGGAGAAGAAGUUAUUCUGAGGCUACAUCGAGAAGUUUUUCUUCCCGCGUUUGGAGCAUUUCUUGAAAACGAUUUCAGCGUGGAUUUUGUCGACAAACUCGGUUCGUUGGCAGCAAUUUCUUACGAACAGGUCGAUAUUUCCACCGCAUCAAGAUGUUGCGAAGAUCUAAUGAGAGUCUUUCUGGAAAAGAGAUCUCAGUCACGUACCUAUUCCAAGUCCGCCUGGCAAUUCCUUGAAAGAAGUCUGAGAUCAUGUAAAGACUGUGUUUUGAUAACAACGGUGGCACGUGCUGCCUUCGCCGACAUUUGGACCGACGAAAUAAGCAUUGGUCUUCUGGAUUUUCUUCGACUGCAUGCAAGUUACGUGCGAAGUCAGCUUUUUAUUCAAGAUGUUCUGGACUUCAACGGCACGAAGCGGCCGUUGGGAAGUUCUGUACCGGUGAACGUGUAUCGUGGACUACUUGCAAUAUUCCAUACAUUCACUCCCGAAAGCAUUGAUGAAAUGGAGACUUACUGGAAGAUUAAGUGUUUGCGGGAUAUUAUUCGGGAUGGUCUUGUGAACGAAGGCCAGGAAUGCAGGAAACUUUCAGAAAUCCUUCUGCUACUUUUGGCCCCGCCUGAAAUGGAUACAUUAAAGUCGUUCAUAAUCGCCAUGGCUGAACCGCAGUUGCACAUGGUUCAGCCAACUUUGGGCCGUGUUAGAUCCUACUUUGGUUCAGGAUACGCACUUUCCUCUGCCGUUGAUUCUGAUUGGUAUCUCGUACUCAUGGAAAGAUUCUGGAGACACGAAAAUGCCACGGUUGUGAUGGAGGGAUUGAAAAUCUUUAUUGGAAUCUCGGAUCUUCGCAUGUGGGGCUCUGAAGACGAUUUCAAGUUUUUGUCGUCUACAUUCAUCAAAGCUUUAAAUGAUAGCAGGAUCUAUCAUCUCCCAGAUAUUAAUCUUGAAGAAAUACUUGGCUUGUUAUGCUCUUGGUUCAGUGCUCAUAUUGAAGUCGCUGGGUUUGAAAAUCUUUUUGACCUUGUUUUGAGCCAAAACCUUGGACCACUACCGAUGUUGUUGCUUUCCUGUGGACUAGCGUCUGCUGCACGGAAGGGCGUUGAACUGAGCAAAAAGUCAGUUACGUUAUUGUGGACGCGGUUGCCGGAAAGGACGUCAGGUUUUCCUUCGAAGAUACGAGAACUUAUAGUGACUUUAUGGAUAAACUGCUUGCUUGUUUGCUCAAGUCCCGUCAAUCUGGAUUCCGUUGCGAAUUUGAUCAUGCGAUGCCUCAGUCGGCAUGACGUCGACAUUGAAUGGAGUCCUAGCCAGGAUGCGAUGAAAUUGGGGUUUCCCUCUGCCCGACGUCGAAACCGAGUAAUGCAGCGGUUUUUGAUGUCAAGAAGGAGCUCUCUCAAAGAUGAGAUCAUUCGAGUAGUUGAACAAGAUUCUGAGAAUAUGCAUGGCGACAAGUUACUAGAAAAGCUCCAUCAUCUUUCGCUAAUUUUAUCCGCCUUCUUUUCCACGACUGAUGCACCAACUCAAGACACAAGUGACGACGCAGUCAUCAGUUCCGUUGAUGAGAUUCUGCUGCGGUUGGCGGUAAAUGAUAUCGGGUCCUUGUGUUCUCUACUGUUGGAAAUUAAACAAGAAACCGGUGUUAUUCCUUCCAAGAGAAAUCUUUGGAGCUUGGUGGAAGAACAUGUCUGGUCUUCCAUUAAAGACCGUCGUUUGCCAGGAUUGACGGGUCUCAAUCUGCUUCGGCUGAUAAAAGACGAAGAAAAUAAUCUUCUGAAAGAAAAAUUGUCGCAGUUUCCCAGUUGCGAUUGGUAUUCCCGGGCUGUCGCAAGUAUGUGUGGAAUUAAAAUCGACGUAUUUUUCGCAAAAACGGAUGAUGUAAGCGACACGGAACUGGCUGAUUUCCUGGAGUAUUGCUGUGCUUCAGUUGACGAAGUCUUGAACAUUCCUUCUAUUUGCGACAAAUUUCUCGAUGCCUUUUUGAGAUCAUUUGACUUUUACAACGACAAUGUUCUUGUCCACUGGCUCUGCGGAUUCAAAAGUAUUUUAGAUGGGUGGAACGGGGGGAAUUUCGACUCGGAGAAACUUUUAACGCUGUGGAAUUUCGUCUCUGCAAAACGUGGACAUGCAACGUUUUGGCUGCUGCUGAAAGCGACUAUGAGAGUCUGGAAAUCCUGUUUGGAUCUUGGCGAAAGCAUCCUGCUUAUUGUCAACGUAGUCGCCAAUAUUAUUAAAGAAAAUCUCGCUGCCUGCGGUGUGAUAUUUGAGGUACCGUUAGGUCGUGUCUUCUUGCUUGACACCUUUUUAUUUGGUCCAUCACGACGCCGCGAUGAGAGGCUACUAGACACUUUGCUCUCUGGAAACCGUUUGACGACAGACGAGGAUCCUGUUGAAUAUACUCGCUCGUUAUUGGACUUCAAAACAAUUGUUCGGAAUGACGCCAAAGUGCGAUUGAUGUCGUUGGAUGUGUUAUGUAAGUUGGAUCUUUCGCAUGCCAAAACUCGGAAACAUGUUCGAGAAAUUUGCAAUGAUGUUAUGGAGCGUUGCUGGCGAGCGUCGUUCUAUCAGGCGAAUGGUAGCUCGUCGCGCAAUUUUUGUGGCACACUGGAACAUCGUUUGCAAGGACGCAUGCUUCAGUUACUCAUGUUGGGAGCAAGUUCUUUCGAGGGCAACGAUGAGAUUGGGGAAAACGAUGAAGCAAAAUGUUGGCUGGAUUGGACAAGGAAUGUGAUCCUUGGUGACGGUGUUCAAGCGUCCAUCUUUUAUUUUUUGGAGUGGCUCACAGCAGUGUUGUUGGCUAAAUUUCCUAAUUUUAUCAACGAGUUUCUGUCAGCCGUCGUAACAAGUGCCAAAAAUAGAGGAGGUCCCGUAGCAUCGAUCUUACGUGUGGUCGUGCUUGCUGUGCGUGGUAAACCUCAGAUUUUAUCAUCCGCUGCAAUAAGAGGGCCGUUUUUGAAGAAAGUGAUUUCUUUGUGCAUGUCACACAACUUUGCCACUCGAGUUUAUGCUCAAAUCGCAACGAAAGAAAUUUUAAGGAGUUGUGGGUCCCAAACGAAAAUUCUUUCCAAAGAAGAAAUUUCCCUUCUCACUCUAGCAACCGAAGCAGCUGAUGAAUGCGCUUGUCCCGACGUCGGUGUGCGUAGGAAAGUGGGAUGUGAGGAAAUUUUGCUGAAAUUCAAUCCGUUGAAGUAUAAUGAAAAGACCAUUUUCAAUUGGUUCCCGGAAGCGUGCGGAAUGCCUGAGGAUGAAAUUCUCCCCAAUUUGAGACAGGAUGCUUCUUUUGAUUAUCUAAUAUGGAAAUUUGAUCCGAACGCCGAACCCUUGAGAACAAAAUCUUCGACUCCGGGACAAAGCGUAUCCUGCGUUUAUGAUUGUCACGAGGGAAGCCUUACCGAUGAUCAGUCUGAAGUAAAAUGCAAUUAUGAUUCCCUUCGUUUACUGCUUGUAACGAUUGGUCAUGGUGAUUCAUUGCAGUUCAGUAAUUUGCAAGUGAAGCAUUUUUCAAGUCGAUAUUGCGGUCCCACUCGAGCUAUGCUGAUCAACGCAGGCUGUUCAGAUCCAUUGAUCGAAAGAAGAUUGUCCGCGAAGCAGUCAGGAUUGAUCGUCGUGGCAACCUUGAUCGAUAAAGCGCCGAACUUGGGAGGAUUAUGCAGAACUUGCGAAAUACUUGGUGUUGAUGAAUAUGUCAUUCGGUCGAUGAAAAUGAUCGAAAAUCCGAGUUUCAAAAGCGUCAGCGUUACUGCGGAGAAGUGGAUGACCAUCCGAGAGGUGACUGAGUUAAAUCUAAGGCCUUAUUUGAGAUCCAUGAAGUCUUCUGGGUACACAAUUAUAGCUUUGGAACAAUCAGCAAGAAGCGUGCCUCUUCAGGAGUUCAGUUUUCCUGAAAAAAGUCUGCUGGUUUUAGGGCAUGAGAAGGAAGGAAUCCCCGGAGAUUUGCUGAAUAUGGUUGAUGUCAAUGUGAUAAUUCCUCAGUCAGGAAUUCUAAGAUCUCUGAAUGUGCACGUGGCUGCCUCCAUAGGUAUGUGGGAAUACGUUCGCGCGAGAAAUGCUGCGAGUCGAGACUCGUGAAUGACGAUGCGGUGACGAUUACUUGAACAUUCAACAAGGAUAGUUCCAUUUUUUUAUUGUUCUACGGUUCG